GUGUGUGACGUGCACAUGUCUCUGAAGCCAUGUGCAGAUCACAAGGGACUUGCCUGACCGGGUAAUGCUGGUUGAGCUGACAGGCGUCACUGGAGCUUUGCUGUUGCAGCAUGCAGCUGUGCGACGAUUGCUCUGUCGUUGCUCCCCACAGGUUCGGGCAUUGGAAGUUCCGCAGCAACAGCAGGAGGCCAACCGCUACAUGCUCUUUGUAGUUCCAUCGGCCAUGGUGAUCCUCAGUUGCGCGUUCCUGUAUCACAGCUUGGAUUCAUUUCAUGACCGGGAGUCGCGAUGGUCGAGCAUAGAUGGGCCAACCUCGGCAGGUGAAUGGGCUGGGAUGAUUCUUGCCAGCUUCAUGGUGUACGAGCUGUUGCUGUAUGCUGCCUAUGGCAAAGGGCUCGCCUUUUGGGUGCACCACUUGAUGGCGUUGGUCAUUUGCUUGAACUGGCUGGUCCUGAGAACAGGAACUUUCUGGGGCUGCGCAGUGCUACUGACUGAAGCAACCACACCAUGUUUAGUUGCAACACGCAUGAUGAAGGAGACCGGCUGGACCCAGGAGCCCUUCUACAAAUUCUGUGUGGCCUGCUUCUGGCUUUUCUGGGCAGCCGCUCGGAUUUGCUGGUUGGUGGUGCUGCUUUCGCUCUUCUACCGGGACAUCAGCCACGGGCUGCCGGAGCAUGUGCCUCUUUACUUCGUGGCCGUGAAUGGAUUAUCGGUCCUGGGGCUGCUCGUUCUCAGCUGCGUUUGGUUCGUUCCCAUCACUCGCAUCUUCUACCAAGUCAUGACUGGGAAAUCACGUCGGCAGUGAUGUGAAGGGCGGCGGCAAGUACUACCACAACUAGUAGCAUGUUGGCGCGAUAGGUGUGUGCUUGUGCAAAAUAGAGGCGGCAAAAGCAGACUCAUGAAAGGACAUUAUGUUCAUGGCUUUUGAACGAAGCACGUGGGUCCCUUUGAUCAAUGGUUUGUACAUUUCUUCGGACUCCCAGC